AUGAGUAUGACUUACAGUGGUCCCAAAGUUUUAACCAUUGUUCUAUCACGGGAACACGGCUAUGCUGCUGGUGUAGCAUUGUCAUCAUGGUUUGUCUUACAAUACAUGGGUAUUAAUGUAAUGAAAGCUCGUCAAAGAUAUAAUGUUGAAUAUCCAGCACUGUAUGCACCUGAAUCUAGUCCUCAAGGCAAAGCAUUUAAUUGUGUUCAACGUGGACAUCAAAAUACAUUGGAGAAUUAUCCAGAAUUUCUUCUUAUGCUAGGUUUAGGUUCCAUCCAAUACCCACUUGUUUCAUCAAUUGGUGGAGUUGUUUGGUUACUUGGACGUAUAGUCUAUUUUCAUGGUUAUUCAUCUGGUCAACCAGAAAAACGUAACUAUGGUGCCUUUGGCUACAUUGGAUUAUUCACAAUGAUGGGUUGUACUCUCAGAACCAUUUAUAAUCUUCUUCGUCGUUAA